AUGGAGCGGAUGAAGUCUCUGGCACGCAGCUACAUUUACUGGCCGAAUAUCGACGACGAUGUGGUGAAAUUCGUUCGUCAGUGCAAUGCAUGUGCUGAAGCAGCGAAGGCUCCGACGAAAGCGGCUCUGGAAUCAUGGCCUCUCCCGGACCGGCCGUGGCAACGAGUACACGUUAAUUUCGCUGGCCCAAUCGACGGACAUAACUAUUUCGUAAUUGUAAAUGCCUACUCUAAGUGGCCCGAAAUUUUCGCCACCACGACAACAACUUUGGAUCUGCUUCGUGAAACAUUUUCCCGUUACGGCAAUCCAGACACGCUAGUCUCAGAUAACGGAACGCAGUUUACGAGCGGAUAGUUUCAACAGUUUUGCAGUGAGAAUGGCAUCAACCAUAUUCGUACUGCUCCAUACCACUCGCAGUCGAAUGGCCAAGCUGAACGUUUCGUGGAUUCCCUCAAACGCGGCCUUAAGAAGUUAGGUAAGGGGGAAUCACCAACAUUACAGCGUCUACAGACGUUUCUUUCAGUGUACCGAUCAACACCCAACCGGAAUACACCUAAGGGAACGUCUCCAACCGAAGCGUUUUGA